AUGUCUGCGGCUAAUGUCCCCCUUGAGGCCACCUGGCAAGGCCAUGUCGCCUCGACUCUUGAUGCCGUUGUUCUGUUCGAGGCUUGCCUGUCUGGCAAUCUUCGUCACGUCCCCCGUCGACCCCACGAUCGUGAGCGCCAAGAUCUUAUCCAGAGCGGUCAGAUCUUCAUCUACGAAGAACACGCUUCAGGUAUCAAACGAUGGACCGACGGCGUCACUUGGAGCCCGAGUCGAAUCCUCGGGAACUAUUUGAUCUACCGGGAGCUGGAGAGGCCAUUUCCACCCGGCGAGAAGAAGCGCGCCGCAAAGAAGAACAAGAAGCAGACCAACGGCGGCAUCUCCAAGAGCGAAGGGUGUCUACGACAGAACACAGGGAUGAAUGGGACCGCCACCGGCGCAAAUGCCGCGAACUUAUCCAGUGCGGGUUCCAUGGAUCCUUCCGAGGCAUCUAGGAAUCCUGAGCGCGCCUUGAUCGGAUCUCUGGUUGACUCAUACCCUUUCAAAGAGGGCGGACUUGUCAAGAAGACGAUCAGCGUUCAGUUCAGAAGCGUCCCGCAUCAUCUCGUCUCCUACUACACAGUUCAAGAUGUCAUGAGCGGUGCCCUCGCCACGCCUACAUCGCACUCGGGCUUUCUACGGAAUAUCGUUCCCCGGCCCGAGCUCAUCCUCAACCAAAACUUCAGAGCGCCAAUCGAUGAGGUAGAUGUAGACGACAAUCGUCUCAUACAGCAUCCGUUGAGCAGUGCGCACCAGGAGUAUGUGAAUCAUAUGCACCCUCCCACCUUCCGGACCUGGUCAGUACCUCACGUCAACAUGGCUGUGGCCAACCCAAGACAAUGGCCCACGAGCAUGGUUCCCGCCCAGCAACAACAAAUGCCACCCCCGCAGCAUGCGCAGUACCUGCAGACACAUCCGGGGGCCAUGGCGGCCCCCAUGCCCCCACCGAAUUACGCUCAACCUUCAACACACCAUCCAUAUGCCUACCAGGACGGUGUCAUGCGCCCUCAGGUGACGACGUCUUCGACGCUGGCUCCGGAUGUCUACAGAAACAUGCUUGUAGACCAACCGCUCUCCCGCCGGCACUCCACGGCCUAUGACUUGAGCAACUCGAGCCACGCCAUCGGGCUCACUCAGACCAUGUCCAACAACCCAGUGGACCCGAUCAGAAACAUGAGCCAUCCCUUCAUGCAAGCUACGCCUGUCUACGGCAAUAGCGGACGUCUGCAGGAGCCGGUGCAGCAUUCGGACGCAUUCCCCUCGCCCCGAACACUGCCUCAGCAAGAACCCGGUCUCGAUGGCUCUCAGCAGCAUUCUGCGAGUCUCAAACUGGAAGGAGAAGAGUCGCAUUUGCAGCACAACAAUUCCUGGGGCACGUAUGAUGUAGCGGCUACGCAUGAUGUGUUCUUGGGUGGCACCAACACUGAUCAAAGUCAGCCAUUUUUGAAUCCGGAAGGCGAGGAGGAGCAAUACGACGAAAAUAAUCCGCCACCCACUUGGCCGCCAGGUUCCAAUAAUUCCAUGGGGAGACUGUAA